AUGCUAAAAUCGAGGAAAUUCUGCCCACCUUACCCGUCUUUGUACCUACCCGUAUUACUUCGUACUCUGUCAGUCUGUAUGUGUACGGACCACCCUGCCCUAGAAUGGAACGCACUCACCCCUUCCAAGCUCCCGUUUGGGAGGAAACACCUGUUUCGUGCUUGA